CGAACGGAAGUUUGUAUGGAUUUUUACAAUCAUCGGACAAUGGCUCGACACCAGCACCGCCGAACGGUGAGCGAUGUUUUCAACAUCGAAGUGGCUGGAUCCGAAUCGCAGCUCUGCACUCUAGGCGCUGGAGCAGGAGGAGGAGCUGUGGAUCAGCCAAUUUUCGCGGAACCCAGCAAGUGCUCCCCGUCGUCGUCGUCCAGCGAUUUCCAGAGCACGAGUGAUAGCAACUUUCUGCUGCGGGAGGACGCCGCCUACAGGCGACGGAAGGAGCUGUACUAUCACCGAACGAACGCUGACGGAGGUAAACAAAAUCAGAGCGUUGAAAAGGAUGACGGAGAGGUGCAGGGCGACAACGAAGACGAAGACGAGAUACGGGAGUUUGCGGACGACGGGGACGCGGCGAGUCAGUUCGAGAAAAAUGCCGUGACAAGCGAUUGUAGCAAGGCGACGGUGAGCCGAGUGGCAGUCGAUAGCUUUCGGCGAUGGUCCGCCAACUUUGGCAAGAGUAUUAAGAACAACAAACGCAGCAUGUACAACAAGACGAUCCGGUUUAUGCCGUCGCGGUUGCAGAAAACCCUGUCCAUCGAUGGCGACCUCAUCACGACGACCGCCUCCGACGUGGAGCAAAUCACCCAGGAGCUGGAACAGCGCGAACAGCUCAUGGAGGACAACCCGCUGUCGGAGCAGCUACGCAUCGAGGCGAUCAAAUCGAUGGCCCAGACCCUGUCGAUCAAACGGCAAAUCCGGGCCAACCUGGCCCGUACGGUGACGCGCCGGUCCGUGAGCCGAUCGAAACCGAUCAGCUUCCUGCGCAAGUGUCGCUACAGCGGGAAGAUGUACGGGAGUCAGUUUGCAAAAUUCCUUAAAAAUUCGCUGACCACCUUUGAACUGUUCUACGGCAGCAUGAAGGAGGUGGAGGGUCACUUCGGCAACCGCAUCAGUGCGUACUUCAAGUUUCUCCGGUGGUUGCUGGUGUUGAACGUGGUUCUGGUGAUUUUCGUAUUUUGGUUCGUCAGUUUUCCUCAGAUAUUGUACUACGGGAUGGAACAGAAGACUGGAAAGCUGGAGUCCAGUGCAGAGCAGAACCUGACAAACAGAGCGAUGCGGAACACUCGAGGGGACCUCAGCUUUACGGAUCUUUUCACGGGAGAGGGCUACUUCACCGAAUCGAUCCUGUUCUACGGCUUCUACAGUAACGUCUCGUUCACGUUGCUCCCAGGAAGCUCCGAGUACAGCCUUCCGCAUGCGUAUUUUCUCACGGUGAUCAUCAUGUACAUUGCCACGUUCGUCGUGGUUUCGCUCAGUAUGGCGCGAUCCUACCGGAUCAGCUUCAUCGAAACCAGCGGAGCCGUUCACAACGUCCUGACGCAUAAGAUCUUCUGCUCGUGGGACUUCGGCAUUGCGAACGAGAAGGCAGCUCAGCUGAAGCAUGCCAGCAUCUUUCACGAACUUCGGGAAUACUUGACCGUCAUUAACCGGCCAGAUGGGCCUUCCGGCAAGUGGCAACGCUUGAGCAGCACUGCUCUCCAUUUUAUUGCCCACUUGGCCGUACUCAUGAUGAUUGGGUCGAUCGCAUUCGGCACCUGGAUGCUUCUGCAGGAGUUUGGGCAGACGGAGCACUUCAGCACCUGGUCAGCGCUCUACGUUUCCAUUACAACGAACGUAACGAUGUUGGUUUUUCAAUAUGUCUUCCGGUUUAUAUCGAGAAUGGAAGACUACCGCCGACCUUCGACCGCUCUCAACAUCAACCUGAUGCGCAACUUCCUGCUUCAGCUGUGCAUCGUCGGUGUCCUGAUGUUCUACUGGCUCAACAAGACCUACGACCAGUGCUGGGAGACUUCGGUUGGUCAGGAAAUCUACCGCCUCAUCGUGAUCGACUUUGUAGUGUCCGUGUUGUUCCUGGCCCUCCUCCAAGCCGCUCGCUACGGUAUCAAUCGUUUCUACAAUCACUCAGUCUCCCUGCCCGAGUUCUGCAUCUCCAACAACAGUCUCGGACUGGUCUACAACCAAACCCUCCUCUGGUUCGGACUUCUCUUCUCACCCCUUCUUUGCGUAGUCGUCACCGCGAAGCUAUUCCUGACGUUCUAUAUCAAGAAGCUAAGCCUUAUCUACUUCUGCAAGCCCCAGAGUAAACUGUGGCGCUCCAGCCAGACCCAAACGCUCUUCCUGGUGCUGGUUUUCGUGUCUCUGUUUGGUGUAAUCAUCACCCAUGGUUACAUCAUAACUCAGGUUGCCGUUAGCGAGGAAUGCGGUCCCUUCCGAGGAAACACCUACAUGUUUCAGCUAUUCAUGCAGGGAAUCCUCAAGCUACAGGAAGAGCACAUCUUCUGGAAGAUCUUCGCUUACAUAACGAAACCGGCAAUCAUCGGAGGGCUGCUCCUGACGAUGGGAGUCGUCACGUACUAUCUACGAGCAAAAUCCAAAGCACAGAUCGCCAAGGUCAAACUACUGAAGGAGAUGCUGUGCAUGGAAGCCAAGGACAAGGAAUUCCUGCUGGCCAAUAUAAGUAAGAUUACCCGUGGCAAGGAGUGGCACUUUGACCGGGAACUGUUGAACGGCCGGAAGAGUAGCACCGCUGACAAGUACUAUAGUGAUCCGAGUGGCACGUGGCGAUAUGCGGAGAGUCCGAGGAAAAUCAGUGGAACAUCUGUUUUGAGGGAUGAGGAUGACAGUCCAACGGGGUCUGGGUAUCAUCGAAUCGAUGAGUGCAACGAGGAACGAGUCCGGAUGAGACGCUUCUGAAGCGAAACUUAUAAACUGUUGUUUUUUUUUGCAUUGCUCUCAAAUGUGAAUACCUAUCUCAAAGUGAAAUUGUUCGAUUGUUUUUUUUUAUCGAUUUAGAAAUCUGAGUUUGCCUCAGUAUUAAACGAAUAUUUAUUUAUGUCGUAAUCAUUUUAUUUUUAGUCGUGAUGCAUUGACAAUAAACGUGAUUUUCAUCAUACCAGCUGGAAUCGCAAGAUUCCAAUAA